AUGACCACCCAAUCUGCCAUCGUCGCCCAAGAGCCGGGCCGCGCUACGCUUGAGCAAAAUGUCUCAAUCCCUGAGCUGCCAGAUGAUUAUAUUCUUGUUAAAACAAAAGCCGUGGCCCUGAACCCCACGGACUGGCGUCAUAUCGAUUUUGUCCCUUGUAAAGGGGCAAUCGUAGGCUGCGACUAUUCUGGAAUAGUGGAGGCUGUUGGCCCGCGGGUCCAAAAGACCUUCAAGAAAGGAGACCGUGUUGCUGGUUUCGUGCACGGCAGCGACGUGGUCCGUCCCAACGGCGGCGCAUUUGCCGAAUUCAUCAUUGCUAAGGGAGAUAUGCAAAUAUUGAUUCCCGAGUCUCUGAGCUUCGAGGCAGCUGCCACAUUUGGUGUCGGUCUGACAACUGUUGGCCAGAACCUCUACCAGAGCAUGGAAUUACCCUUCCCCGGCGAGCCCGAUGAAGAAUCUGAGGGCAUCAACAUCCUAAUUUAUGGAGGGGCUACGGCGACCGGAACACUUGCGAUUCAACUGGCCAAGCUCUCCGGGUUGCGGGUUGUGACGACUUGCUCCGAAGCCAAUCGGAACUUGAUGUUCGAGCUCGGCGCCGAUGCGGUCUUCGAUUACCGCGAUGCGGACGUCGGCGAUCAAAUCAGAGAAGAUACUGACGACGCGCUUGAGUUUGCGCUGGAUACGAUCUCUACCCCACAAUCAGCUGCCAUUUGCAGUGCUGCCAUCUCAUCGGCAGGUGGGUCCUACAACGCGCUACUGGAUGUUAAAUCCGCCAGAGACGAUGUUGACUCCCAUGUCUCAAUGGCUUACGACCUGCUUGGCGAGCCUUAUCGUAUGGGCGCGCAAGAGAUCACGCCCGAUUCUGGAAAUUUUGAAUUCGGGGUCAAAUGGUGGGCUUUAGCCGAAAAGUUACUUCAGGAGCGCCGAAUCCUUCCCCAUCCUUUCCAGGUGAAGACGGGUGGCUUAGCUGGCGCAUUGGCCGGGCUUCAGUUGUUGAGAGAAGGUAAAGUCCGGGCCAGUAAAUUAGUUUAUCUCGUCGAUGGAUCCGAUUGA